GUGAACCCUGACCCGAGUUACCCCUGAUGAUUCGGGGCUCUGACAUGGGGGGUCCAUCUGGGCCGUCUCGGGGCAGUCUUGGCGAUCCUGCGCGGCCCCGCAGCCGGCGGCCGCUGGGCGCUCUCUUGCGCCGGCGGCGGAGGCCCGCGGCCGACGAGAGCCCGCUGGCGUGGAGCCCCCUCCGCGGGUGCCGCGGUGGGCCCCGGCGCUAUCGGGCCGGCCGCGGCGCAGCGGCGCUGGGUCUGCGGCGGUCCAGGCGCCCGCAGAAGUCCGCGGGCGCCCGCGGGGUCUGGGCCGUGGCGUGCGCUCGGGGCGGGGAGGCCGACCUGCGGCCGUGCAUCCCCCUGGAGGAGCUCCGCAACGGCGACGUGCCGAAGGUGGGCGGCAAGAGCGCGUCCCUGGGCGAGAUGAUCGGGGUGCUCGCGGACGUGGGUGCCCCGUGCCAAGGGACUUCUCCAGGGCGGCCCAGGCGUACAGGGACUUCCUCCAGCAGGGAGGCCCAGGCGAAAGGAUCAACGGGGCCUUCGAGGACGAGGGCAUCUACACCGACGCGACCAAGCUGCAGGAGGUGAGCAAGAAGGUGCGCCAGAUGAUCAUGGACCUGCCCCUGCAGGCCGAGUUCGAGGACGUGCUGAAGUGGCUGUGGAAGCGAGUCUCUCCCAGGCAAACGAGGGUUUACAGGUCGCCGCGCGCUCUUCGGCCACCGCGGAGGACCUCCCGACGCGUCCUUCGCUGGCCAGCAGGAACCGUACCCUGACGUGUCCAGGUACGAGAAUUCGAAGGAGAAAGCGCACCAGAGCUGCGCCUCCCUCUUCACAGAUCGCGCCGUCUCCUACCGCCACGACAACGGCUUCGACCACCGCACUGUCCAGGUGUGCGCCUGCGUCCAGAAGAUGGUCUGCAGCGAGGCGGCCUCCCGCUGGCGUGAUGUUCGCGCUCGACGCCGAUUCCGGGUUCCAAGCUCUCGUCUUUGUCAUUUUGAUGUGGGGCCUCAGCGAGACCGUGGUCGGAGGACCGUGAACCCCGACGAGUCCUAUGUGUAUGUCUUCAGCUGGCGCUGCGGGAGGGCAAGGAUGUGGUGGUCUCCAAAACGAUGGGCUCCAAGCUCGCCAAAUUGGUGCACGCCAGGGAGGGCGGCAGGCAGACCAUCGAUACCACCCCCGAGAGGCGUGCUGGCCGCCUUUAGAACCGCCGCAUGUUCAGUUCCAGGGCGCCGCGCCAUUGGUGACCAGCGCCUCGGCACACCUGCAACAGCCAGGUCCCGUACAGCGUCGGACGGGCGCGCGUAGUAAGUCUUACAUUUUAUUGUAAGAUUGCGCGGGCUCUUUGCAUUGAACCAGCAGCUGUCCCCCCUGGUGCAUGGGCUCGGCCUGCGCCUUCACUCCGCGGCUGCGGGGCCGUGACGCAUGGGCCAGCUCGCCUUCCAUGGUUGCCCUGCGCACGCUUGUUUUCGCGUUGUUUUUAAUAUGUGCUGACGCGCGUGCAUCGCGGGCCAUCCCCCUGGUGCGCGGAGCCCAUCCGAUGCCUCCAUUCCGCGGCUGCGGGGCCCUGGCACUUGGGCCAGAUCGCCGCCCAGGGAUAGCCCCUUGCGCGUGGUUCAUUUUGUCUUUGUUACGUGCCUUGCCUUCGCGUCGGACCUCGCGCCUGCGUCACCGGUGUGGCGCCGACUGGUUGUGUCUUCCAGUUGGGGUGCAUUGCGCGCCGGGUCUCUCCCGUUCCUUCCUCUAUCCCCUUUCCUCCCCUUUCUUUCGUGUCUCCCCUAUCAUUGAGAAUGCCACUGUUAGUCGCCGCCGCCACGGUCGUGCACUGUCGAUUUCACGGCGUUCGGGCCUCGCGCUUUUUCGACGUCGCGCGCCGUCGUCUUUGAGUGAAUUGUUUUUGUUCGACCCGCCGUCGGUGCCCAGCUUUCUCCAUGUUGCGCGCUGCGGCCUACCGCGUGGGCGGGGCGCGUGGCCGCGGCGAGCCUCGCUUUUCGCCCGCCGUGUCCGCCCUACCAAAUGCAUCCCUUUUCUCCUCCUCGCUUGUCUUUUCUUCGCGCAUGCCGCGCGCUCGUUCCCCUCUCAGGCCACGGUUCAUUGCGUGCGUUUGCCUACACCAUGUCGGCUAUUGUGGUGUUCCCGGUUUGCCUGGCGGCGUUUUGAGUCGCACAGCGGUCGAGGCCGAGCCAGGCGAAGUUUUGUGGUCGCGUUCUUCACAUCAACCCCCGAGAAAGA